AAAAAAAAAAAAAAAAAAAAAAAGAAAAAGAAAAGAAAUUCCAAUGCGGAGAUUCAUAAUGGAAAUUUCCAUCUACUUUUUUUCUUUUUUUCUAAGCGGGGAAUAGAUGAUUCAUAUAUCUACCCCCACACUCUAUUUUUCGAUCUCUUUUUUCUUUUGACUCAUACCCUUAAAAAAAUGACUACUUCUAUUACACUUCCCUCUGCCUGUGAUUUCCAUGUUCACCUUCGUCAAGGUGACAUGAUGCGUAUGGUAACACCCAAGGUUGAAGAAGGCGGUGUUUCCCUUGCUUAUAUUAUGCCUAAUUUGCAACCUCCUAUCAAAAACACCGAACAAGCACUUGCGUACAAGUCAGAAUUAGAAGCCUUAGCACCUAAUGUCACGUUCUUGAUGACCUUGUACUUGUCACCCGAAUUAACCGUGGAAGAAGUGCGUAAAGCCAGUCAAGCAGGCAUUGCUGGUGUCAAAUCAUAUCCUCGUGGUGUCACCACCAAUUCCGAUAAUGGUAUUGAGAACUAUGAGAUUUACUAUCCCAUUUUCCAAGCGAUGGAAGAAGAGGGACUUGUUUUGAACUUGCAUGGAGAGAUCCCUAGUGACGCUCAAAAGGAUAUCUGUGUCAUGAACGCCGAAGAAAAGUUUUUGCCUCAAUUGGAAAAGAUUGCUACUGCCUUCCCCAACUUAAAGAUUGUUUUGGAGCAUGCUACAUCUCAAGCUGCAGUGGAGAUGGUAAAGCGUUUAGGUGAUAAUGUCGGCUGUAGUAUCACUGUCCAUCAUCUUCAAUUGAUUGUGGAUGAUUGGGCUGGUCAAGCACAUCAUUUCUGUAAGCCUGUUGCCAAAUUCCCUCAUGAUCGUGAUGCCUUGAGAGAUGUGGUAAAGGCAGGUCAUCCUCGUUUCUUCUUGGGCACAGAUUCCGCUCCUCAUCCCAUUGCUACCAAGGAAGGUCCCAGAUCCAACGCUGGUGUCUUUACCACUCCUCUUGUACUUCCUUACCUUGCCAAGAUCUUUGAGGAAAUCGAUGCCCUUGACAAGCUUGAAGAUUUUGCUUGUCAUUUCGGAAAGAAGUUUUACGGUCUUUCUCAAAAGCCUGGAUUUGUGGAUAAGAAGGUGACUUUGGUGAAAGAAUCCAAUGUCGCUGUUCCUCAACAUUAUGAAAUUUCUGCAACCAAUGCUGAUUUGGGUGUUGUCGUGCCAUUCUAUGCCAAUCGUGAUAUUGGAUGGAAGAUUGUUUCCAACUUUGUUUAAAAAAAUAAAAUAAAUAAAAAAUGUACAUAAUUCUCUCUC